GGUUUUGGGUUCAACACCAAAAACCCAUAUAAUCAAUCUCUUGACAUCUCCCAUUUUGACAGCAAAAGGUUCUUUUUUUGCUGAGAUCUGUCAUAGAAACCUCUCUGUCCUCCUUUUUGAAUCUAAUCUCGAUGCCGAAUAUAUGAUGUGUGAGAUUGAUGUCUCCUGUUCUCAGUGAAAUCCUCCGUUCCGGGUUUAUGAUCAAUUCCUCACUCAGACGCAGGACCCACUUAGUUCAAUCUUUCUCCGUUGUGUUCCUCUACUGGUUCUAUGUGUUUUCAUAAAUAAUCUUUCACCCCUGCUUGAGUUAUAUAUAAUAAAAUAGUUAUUACAUAUAUAUAAGUAUCUGAAUUAGCAUAAUAAUAAUACUACUGUUAUUUGGGUCCAGGGUUUUUAAUUCCCUAAGGUUUCUUGAAUCUUAAUAUCUUGUUUUUCUUUUUUCUUUUUUCUGGGUAACCAAUCUCUUUCGCCCGAAAAGAACGGAAAAAAAAAAAUUAUGGCUUCCUCUAGUGGAAAUUCCUCAGGCUCCACACCAACUCAGAACUCUGGGUCGGAGGAGGAGUUGCAGCUGUUGAUGGAUCAGAGAAAAAGGAAAAGAAUGCAAUCGAAUCGGGAAUCGGCGAGGAGAUCCCGAAUGCGAAAACAGAAGCAGUUGGACGAUCUGAUGGCCCUAGUAGCAGAUCUCAGGAAGAACAACAACCAAAUCAUGACAAGCAUAAACCUCACCACCCAGCACUACAUAAAUGUUGAGGCCGAGAAUUCCAUCCUGAGGGCUCAAGCGAUGGAACUGAGCCAAAGGCUAGACUCUCUCAAUGAGAUCCUCAAUUACAUCAACACAAGCAGUGGGGUUUACGAGACCGAGCAGCAGACUCUUCUGACAAGUGCUGACAGCUGCAUGAUGAACCCCUUGAACUUGCUCUAUCUUAACCAACCCAUCAUGGCUUCUGCAGAUAUGUUUCGGUAUUAAUCACCAUCAUCAUCAUCACCAAGCGACUCAAAAAGCUUGAAAUGGUCAAUUUAUGGUUGUCUUGUAAUAUUCUUCAGUGGUGUUUGUUCAUGGUCUCAAUGAGUGCAGAGGGUGUUUUUUUGUUGCUAUAAAAAGUAAAAAAAAAAAAACAAAACAAAAACAAAAACAAAAAGCAAAUAUCUUGCUUUAUGCUAGCACCUAGGAGGAAGUAGUGAUUGCGAGAGAAUGGUGAUGGUCCUCAAACGGAAGGGACCCAAUGAAUGAGGUUCUUGGUUUGUAAAAUGGGUCAUUAUUGCUAUGGUGUAAAGGGCUUUUAAUGAAUGAUGUCACUCUGGUUAUAUUAAUAUUUCUAUUAAUCUUCA